UUUUUCCAGAUUUAAAUAAUGCUGAUCCAUUAAUGUUGAAAAAUGUUCUAAUGGAACAGGUAAAACUUGUUGGUCAACUUCAUCAACAACAACAACAACAACAGAAUAGCAACAACAACAACAACAAUAACGAAAACGAAUCUCAAUCAUCAAUCAAUUGUCCAUUUUGUCCAUAUUCACAUACAUCGGAAUUACAUGUUCAAAUGCAUAUUUUAACUGCUCAUCAACCACAACAACAACAACAACAACAAUCAUUAAAUGAUCAGCAACAACAGAAUCAACAACAACAACAACCGAAAACAACAACGACGACAACGACAAAAUCUAACAGCAAUAAUAAUUCUACUACUACUACUACUGCUACUAUUGUACCAUCAAUAUUGUGUCCAUUAUGUCAAGAACCAUUUAAUGAAAAGAAUCGUCUUGAAUGUCAUCUAGUCGAAAUACAUAAUGUGAAUAAAGAAGGCGUACAAAGAUUAAUGUUAUUAGUUGAUACAAGUGAAUUGGAUAAAUAUUCAUCAUCAUCAUCAUCCAAUAAUAAUAUAAACAAAAUAAGUGAUGUCGAUCAAAUUAUGAAUCGUGAAAUGAAUUUCAGUCAUCAACAACAACAACAACAACAACAACAAAAUGAUGACAAUGAUGAUGUAGAUGGUGCUAUUGAUGAUAAUGGACGACCAAAUUCAAAUGAUUCAAUUAACAAUUCUAAAUUGUUAAUGGCAGCUCCUACUACUAAUACUACUGAUGAUGAUGAAAUGACACAAUCAAUGAUGAUGACAAUGAUGGAUAACAGUACACAACAACAUUUUUCUAAAUGUUUAAAAUUGACGAAUAACAGUCAGAUAACAUCAAAUCUGGCAUCGAAUGUACCAAUUUCUGACCGUCAUGUUUAUAAAUAUCGUUGUACACAAUGUUCAUUGGCAUUUAAAACAUUUGAAAAAUUGCAACUACAUUCACAAUAUCAUUUGAUACGUGCAGCAACACAAUGUGUUAUUUGUGGACGAAGUUUUCGUUCAGUUGAAUCAUUACAGAAACAUGUGGAAUCUGCACAUUCAAACCUGAAUGAUGAUGAAUUAGAACAAUAUAAAGCUAAUUUGGUUAAUAAUCAAUUUCUAUUCGCUCUUGGCCGUAAUGGUGGUAUAUUGGAUCCUGCCACAACAGAAUUAUUGAAAAAAGAAUCUUUUCGUUGUGGUGAAAAUGAUAAUGAUAAUGAUGAAUCAAUGGAAUUGGAAAAUAAUGGUGCCAUUGAUUUAGCCAAUAAUAAAGAUUCUAAUGAAAAUGAUAAUAAUCAAUCAAUGGACAAUAAUAACAUGGAAUCAAUGUCUGGAUCGGAAAAUGUUUCUGGUUCCAUCAUUAACAACAUUUUCAAUGGUGGUGGCAGUGGUUCAAUCAAUAAUGUGGAUAAUUCAAGUCUUGAAGAUUAUCUGAAUUCACAACAUUUAGCUGAAGAUAAUUAUAAUGAUCCAAAUCGUCGUUUUAAAUGUCAUCGUUGUAAAGUGGCAUUCACUAGACAAAGUUAUCUUACAUCACAUAAUAAAACAUUAUUACAUCGUAAAGGUGAAAAAAUGAGCUAUCCAAUGGAAAAAUAUUUGGAUCCAAAUCGUCCAUUUAAAUGUGAAAUAUGUAAAGAAUCAUUUACGCAGAAAAACAUACUAUUGGUUCAUUAUAAUUCUGUAUCACAUUUACAUAAAUUGAAACAAAGUAUGAAAGAAAGUAGUGCUGCUGUUGCUGCAUCGGUAGCUGCUGCCGCAUCAUCAUCCAAUAACGAUAAUUCAACAACAAAUGAAUCGAUAAAUGAUGAUGAUAAUAAUGAAAAUAAAUUAUACAAGUGCAAUCUAUGUAAAGUUAGCUAUUCGAUGGCAUCAUCAUUACAUCAACAUCUUCGAUCAACGUUACAUCAACAACGUACAUCGAAAUUACAUGAAUUGGCUCAAAGUGGUCAAUUGGAUUUAAGUUUGCCAUUAAUUGAACCACUCAAUCAUUAUGAUCAUAAUAUCAACAAUAACAACAACAACAAUUCUUCAUCACCAUCAUCGUCAUCGAAAAUCAAUUCAACAUUAUCGAUUGAAUCAAGUGCCAAAACCAAUUCAACUAGUCCGAAUUUAAAUAAUAAAUUUCCUGAAAUAUUGAUGGCCAAUCUUAAUGAACAACAACAACAACAACAGCAGCAGCAGCAACAAGCAUUAGCUUUUCAACAAGCAGCACUUAAUCUUGCAUUGGCUGCCGGAACGAAUCCUAAUCAAACAGGUUCAUCGAAUAUGAUUAAUAAUCAAACAACAAUGAUGAAUCAAAUGAAUGGUGGUGUUGGUGGUCAACAAUUACCAUUUACCUGCGUUAAAUGUGGUGCAGCAUUCAUUUCACAAGAUGCCCAAAUUCAACAUCAACAAUUAUGUGGCCUAUUUGGUAAUAUAACCAAUGUGAAUAAUAUGCAAUUUGUUGCCGCUCAACAAGCUAAACAGCAACAAGCAUUAUCAAAAUUAUCGAAUCUACAAGGUCCAUUAUAUAAGAAUAAACCACAGCUAUAUAAACAUUUACUUGAAACAUGGGGAUUUGAAAUUGUAAUGCAAUUCAAUGAAAGUAAUCAGAAAAAUAAAAAAUCAACAACAGCAAUGGAUGAUUGUAAUAAAGAUGAAGAUAAUGGUGAUGAAGAAAAUGUUGAAAAUAAUGAUGAACAACAACCACAACAGCAAAGCAGUAGAAAUAAUGAAACUGAUGAAACCGCUACAUCUACCGCUAAUCCAAUCGAACAAUCCGUUGUUAGUGAUCCAAAUUCAGCAGCAGCAACAACAACAAAUAACAAACAAGAAGAUAAUUCAAUAGCCGAAUCAACAACAACAACAAAUGAUAAUGAAAAUGUACCGCCAGAAAUAAACAAAUGUCAAUGUGAUAUUUGUUUGAAAGAAUUUUCCUCUAUAUGGGUAUUGAAAGCACAUCGUGAAGAAAUUCAUAAAGAUGUCAUACCAUUAGAUGUUGUUGAAUCAUUUGCCGAUGAAUAUCGUAAUGAAUAUGAUCGUAAAUUCUUCAAUGGUAAUGAUAAUGAUGAUGACGAUGACGAUGAUGAUGAUAAAACUAUUGAAGAUUCAACAACAACAAUAAUAACCAAAAACAACAACAACAAUGAUAAUGUUGAAAUGAAACGAAACAACAAUAAUAAUAAUGGUUCCGAUAACACUACAGCCGAUAAUACUUCAAAUCAUCCUCUUGCUUCUUCUUCAUUCAUUGGAUCAAUGAAUCAAUUGUCAGCCAAUAAUUCAAUUGUUGGCGGUGAACCAAUCACAAACAUGAUUACAGCCGAUCAAUUGGCCAAUAUGAAUCAACUUGCUGCUGCAGCUAAUGCAAAUAAUCUUGUUCAAUUAUUACCGAAUUUAUCACCUAAUUCAACACCAGCUGAAAUUGCUGCUGCAAAUCAGAUGGCUGCUCAUAUUCAAUUUAGUCAAUUGUUAAUGAGUAUGGGAUUAGCCGGUAUGGCUGCCGGAAUGCCAAUGCCUCCCGGUAUGAAUGUACCAUUUGCUGCUGCUGCCGCCAUGGGUAUUCCACCACAAUUGAUUCCGGUAAUGAUGGCUGAUCCAAUGAUGGCUGCUGCUGCGGCAUUCAACAAUCCAGCAUUAGCAGCCGCUGCUGCGGCAGCACAAUUGAAUCAAGCCCAACAACAACAGCAACAACAACAACAACAAGUAACAUCGACAAAUAAUCAUUCAACACCGGGAACACCAUCACCAGCACCAACAACACCGGUAAUGCCUAUUCAAACGCCGAUAGUUAAUACACAAACAAUAAACAAUCAAAAAACAGCCGCUGUUGCUGCGGCUGCUGCUGCGGCCGCCGCUGCAGCAUCCGUUUCUCAACAACAAAAACGUGCACGAACACGUAUCAGUGAUGAACAGCUGAAAGUUUUGCGACAAUAUUUUGAUAUCAAUAAUUCACCAACUGAAGAACAAUUAAUUGAAAUGAGUCAAAAAUCUGGACUACCAAUGAAAGUAAUAAAACAUUGGUUUCGUAAUACAUUAUUCAAAGAACGGCAACGUAAUAAAGAUUCACCAUACAAUUUUAAUAAUCCACCAUCAACAUUUUUAAAUUUGGAUGAAUAUGAAAAAACAGGUGAAGCUAAAGUAUUUACAUUGGAUGAUUUGAAAAAAACAGAAAAUCCAGUUGGAGGAGAACAAAAUAGUGGUGGUAAUGUAAGUGGUAAAGAAAAAUCAAUGUCAAUCACCAAUAUAACGAAUACGACUAACAGUAACAAUAAUAUGAAAGAUAUGAAACCAAAUGAUUCAGAAAGUGAAUGUGAAGGAAAAAUCAGUGAUUUAAAAAGUUCAUCAUCAAAUAAAGAUACUGAUUAUGCAACAUCGGAUGAUGAAGAAGUCAAACAUCAACGUAAUCAUUCAUCAUCAUCCGCAACGAAAGAAAUGAUUUCAAUCGAUCAACAACAGCAACUACAACAACCAACAAUGAUGAUGGAAAUUGGUAAUGAAUUAUCCGGUAAUUCUAAACAUCAUCAUCAUCAAUUGUCAUGUUCGAUCCAGCAGCAGCAGCAACAACAACAACAACAACAUCAAGAUUUUGAUCAAUUAAGUAAAACAAUGUCAUAUCAGACAAAUAGUCCACCACCAUCAGAAUCAUCAAUGUCAUCAGCAUGUGAAUCGAUUAACAAUAAUAAUAAUCAAUCAGUUGCUACAUCAUCAUCAUCAUUAUUUGCUGGUCUGACUAAUUUCAAUCAUGCAUCAUUAGCCAAUCAUCCUGGUAUCGCUUCAUCAUCACCAUUACAAUUCGCAUUGGAUGCAGCACAACGAUCACAAUUGGCUGUUGCUGCAGCCGCUGUAGCGGCUAAUCAAUCGAGCAUGAUGACAACACCACCACCGAAUGUUAGUACACAUUCAUCAUCCGGUAAACGAGCGAAUCGUACACGUUUUACUGAUUAUCAGAUAAAAGUAUUGCAAGAAUUUUUUGAAUCAAAUGCCUAUCCAAAAGAUGAUGAUCUUGAAUAUCUUUCUAAAUUGUUGAAUCUAAGUCCACGUGUUAUUGUUGUUUGGUUUCAGAAUGCACGGCAAAAAGCACGUAAAGUGUAUGAAAAUCAACCACCAACAACACCUGUUGGUGAAGAUGAUGGUACUGGUCGAUUUCAACGUACACCUGGUUUAAAUUAUCAAUGUAAAAAAUGUUUACAAGUAUUUCAACGUUAUUAUGAAUUGAUUAAACAUCAGAAAAGUUCUUGUUUCAAAGAUGAAAAUCCAUUAGCCGCACAGAUUCGAAUGGCAGCCGAAGCACGUGCACAGGCUACUUCGCCAAAUGUUUCCACAUCACGUGAUUCAACAUCCACACCUAUUGAUUGUACAAGAUCAAGUACAGCUACACCGGAAAAAAUUCAGCUAAAUCUUAUGACCAGUCCGAAUUCUACGGUUGCAUCUCCAUCAAGCAUAUCGGGUAAUACUACGAGCAAAACAAGCCCAAUUACCAGUAAUGAAAAUAAUCAAACAUUCCGUUGUGAUAAAUGUCCAAUGGUUUUCAAUCGUUUGGAUCUAUGGAGAGAUCAUCAGAUUGUACAUAUUGUUAAUUCAAAUCUAUUUCAAGCAACGGCUAAUCCAUUUGGAUUGAUGCAACAACAUCUUGAUAAUCAAUCUGUUCUUCCUCCUCCUCCUCAUCAACAACUGCAACAACAACCACUACAGCCAAUGACAAGCACAAGUCCACAACCAUCACCAAAUUCAAUGAUACAAUCUGGUACUAAACGUAAAAUUAUCGAAACACCUGAUGAUGAUGAUGAAGAUGAUGAAGAAUCACGUGAUGAUUUUGAUUCAAUGAGUGGUAAUGGUAAUAAUAGUAAUUCAAGUGAUCAAACACCACGUGAUAAACGAUUAAGGACAACCAUUCUACCUGAACAAUUGGAUUAUUUGUAUCAAAAAUAUCAGAUUGAUUCGAAUCCAUCAAGAAAAAUGUUAGAAAGUAUUGCAAAAGAAGUCGGAUUGAAAAAACGUGUCGUACAGGUUUGGUUCCAGAAUACACGUGCACGUGAAAGAAAAGGUCAAUUUCGUGCACAUCAACAAGUGAUUCAUAAACGUUGUCCAUUCUGUCGGGCAUUAUUUAAAGCUCGUUCAGCGCUAGAAUCUCAUCUGGCCACACGUCAUGCUGAUCAAUAUACAAAAGGUGAUAUUAAUAUUGAUAAUCUACCUGAUGGUGAUCCUUCGGAAGAUGGUGAUGGUAUGCCUGAUAUCGGUAAUGAUGGUGAUAAUAAUUCACAAAUGGCUGAUGUUAUGAAAAGAUAUGAAGAUUCAUUUAAAAAAUAUCUGGAUGAAUUGAAUAUUCAAGACAUAGCUAACAUCUUCGUUCAUCUCCAGGAAAAGAUGGCGGUCAAUUGCCCGCAGAGUUCGCCUUCAAGAUGAUGUCAGCCUUGACAGCAGCAGAACAGCAACAACAACAACAACAGCAACAAACAUUGAGCCAACAACAAGAUAAUAAUGACAAUGAUGACCUU